AUGCAUUAUAACCAGGUGCUUCCAGACUACCGUAAGGGCUUGAUGAACAUCCUGCCCAGAGGUAAAGUCUCUGAACAGCUGUUCCUCCAGAUCUCUAAACUAUCAGCUCUGCAACACAGAGCCAAGGACAUGACGUUCAUACCCAGCAUCCAUGAGUUGUCAGAGUACAUCCCCCCCCUUCUGUUUGGGAAGCAGCCUCCCCAGGCAUGGGUCACCAUGGUAACUCAGCACAUGCAGCAGGUCCAGACCCUCAACCCGCACCAGGCCAAAGCUCAGUUUCUGG